UGUUUUAUAAUGUUAGAUAGCGUUCUUCAACAUUUUUGGAGAGUUUCACGAAGUGGGCCAUGACAGUGAAUUGAAUAUUGCUUCUAUUUUGAGGAAGUGCUUAGUUCUUGUUCUUUCAGCAGUUUCACUUCUUACCCCGAGUUCUGACUUUCAGAGGAUAUAUGGAUAAAACAUGUAAGGUUAAGAUCUGUUCUCUUAACCAGAAACGAAAGAUGUAUGAAAAGUCCCCUCUACUCCAACGUAACUUCACAUUUUGUGACUAUUUUCUUUGUUGUAGCUCAUUGACCGGAGGUUUAUGAAGGCAGUAGCAGAACGUGUUGCACGUUUUGGGCUAAGAACACGAGGUGUAGAAGAUUUCCCGGAUCGCGGUGGCCAGCCUCUCGCUGCUGUAACAAUGACAAGCAACACACAAAAAUCUGAUGAAAAUAGAAGUAAACGUAAAAAAGAGAUGGAGAAUGAAGCUACAGAGAAUCCUCAGUUGUCCUCCACUGACAAAACAGACUUGGCUUUAUCUGAGGGCUCCCAGUCCCUUUACAAACCUGAACCACUGGAAGAGGUUUUAAAUGAGAUGAACAAAGAAAUUAAGAACUUGUUAUCAAAAUAUGCCCACAUUUUAAGUGAGAGAGCAGCAAUGGAUGCUUCUUAUGUCCAAGAACUUGAUGGAAUCUUGAAAGAAGCAAGGACCCUAGAAAACCACUUAAAACAGAAAAGGGAGAGUCUGAAGCAGAGAUUCACUGUGAUUGCAAAUACUCUGCAAAGCUGAAUGGAGUCUGUUAGACUGCAGAAAUACAGAGCAAAACCUUUGUAAAAACCAUGGUGAAUGUGAUGAUGAAUGUUUCAUAAAUAUCUUCUGUAAGUAUUUCUAAUUCAGGAAACUUUCAACAAUUUAAACAGCAUCUUAUUUUUUAAAUAAGUAAGCAUAUGCAAUAUAUAGGGUAGUGACAGUAAACAUAGCACUAAAUAUCCCUUUUAAAUCCUACCACUCCAAGGGAUUCUACAGAUUAGAACAUCUUUUCUUGUUGACCCGUUGUGUAGGCUGUCCCUGUACUUCCAUCCUUAGAAAACUAACUUUUGAUGCUAAAAUUGUAGUAGAAUGUAUCUGAAAUUUUAUUUUUGUUUUUGUCUCAGAGCAUAAAUAGAUUGAAGAGAUCAGCUCAGAAACAGAAGAGUUCUAUUAAGAGUAUUACUUUGGGAAAUGUAUAAAGAAGUAUAGUCUUAAUUUGAAUAUAUAUUUCAAUACCUACAGCUUUUCAAAUGAAAAAAGGGCAUUUUAAUGUAAUCAUAAAAGCAUAUCAUCAAAACUUUGCUGGUAAUAUCAAUAAAUGAAAGAUAAUGUUACCUCUAUCUUGAAUUACACUGUUCUUUUAUAAUUGUUGUUAUUAUUUUGAUACAUCAGUGCAGUUUGCUGUAUAUCCGGUUUAUUUAAGGGUGAUUAUAGAGUUUUUGAGCAAUUUUUCUUUCUUGUACUUUCAUUCUGUUAAAAGAUGAAACAUAAAAUGUAUAAAGCAUUAUUUGUACUAAUUGUGAGGCCAAUGUAAUAAAGAAAAGUGCUAGAUAAUCCUGUUGCUAGCAUAAGAUAGAUAAAUAUCUCUUUCUCUUAGUGCUGUGUGUUAAUUUUCUCUUUAAAUCUUUUCGGACUUAAAAGCCGGAGAGGAAGGUAAAUACAAGUCCCGACUGAAUGUGAUGUCUGUCAAGCUAAUACUAAUAAUCAAAUUAAAACAAAUGAGAGAAACCGGACACCUAGGAAGAGAUUUUCCAAGGUAUCUAAAGAUGCAGAUAUGGACUUAGUAGGAUUUUCCAAGUGCCUACGCGUGUAAGCACCUUACACGCUUAGGAAUUUCUUAAAAUCCCCUAAGAUGACUAUCUGCAUAUUUAGCAUCUAAAGACUUUUAAAAAUCUCUCCACUAGUACACAUCAUAUUUUACUAGAGUCUGGUAAUUUUGUAAUCGGUAUCUGCAAUUCUGUUUAAAUGCAAAAAAGUGGGAGAAAAAAAGAGAAGUUUUUGGAAGCUAAAUUGUCUAGAAUAUUGUACUCGGUGUCUCUAGAAUAAUUGAUCAUCUAAACAAAAAAUAUUAAAGGCAGAGUUUAAAAUUGUCA